AUGUUGAUGGAUAACUCUUGGUAUGAGAUUGAGAACAACUUUUGGUGCCCAUGUGAGGACAAAUUUAGUUCCCAGGCUAAUGAAGAUCAUCUACCUGAAUGUCGACAACAUAAAAUCCUCAUGAAAAUAUCAAACAAUAUUGAAUAUUUACCUGGAGAGAUCCCUCAAACACAGCAUGGCAAGAAACGAAACAGUGUUGUUGAUGAAUUUUUGGCAAAUUUGGAAACCAUGAACACAUCGAGAAGGCGCAGUUCUUCAAAAUUGCUGCCUGGGUUUGUUCCCUUUGAAGAAAUUGUCCCCUCUCUUUCCACCCGAGUUCCUGGACUAGAGGUAUAUCUUCCUGCAUGUUUUUCUUCAACCAAGCUAGAAAAGUUGGAAUCCAUUUUAGAUCAAGAUCAUUUUGAAUUCGUACAGAAAAACAAUUUUUUCGAUUUAACUAGUGGAGCAACUAGGCUUGCCAUAAGUCCAGAAGACAAUCAUGAAAAUGAGAAUGAUGAUCAUAAUUAUGAGUCUACUAUCGAGUCAAAAGACGAAAUAGCUUCUGGUGAGCCUCCUGAUUUUACUGCAGGAACACUGGACCAUGAAAAAGGAUCUAUGGAAAUUAGAACUAGCCAUAAUUGGGAUGUCUUUGCUAACGAUCAUUACGUUGAAAUUAUCCAAAACUCUGUAUCAAAUACGAAGAUUGCCAAUCCAACUUGUAGCAAUGAAGUUAAUAUGGAAAUUGUGCAAGAAACAGGAAACUUUCAUAACGGUUAUGAUGGAACGCACAGACAAGAUGUAUCAAAUAUGAUGACAAUAGAACAUGAAGAUGAUAUGCAGGAAACAGCUGAAAAAUUUUCAGAUUGCUCGCUUGGUGAAACUAAAAGUAGCAUGUCCACAACCCAACAAAAUUACACUGAACGAUUGGGAAAAAACACUAUAAAUGAAUGGCGUUCUGGUUUUCGUAAAGACGAAAGCAACAAAAUGUCCACAACACAACGUGAUUUAGCGACAAAACGAUUAAGACAAAACACUCAAAAUGGAUCGUGUUCUUCUUGUCUUAAAGCUGAAAGUAACAAAAUCUCCACAACCCGACGAAAUUUAACCGAACGAAUUCGAAGAAGCACUCUGAAUGAAAAGUUUUCAAAUCUUCAGGCCUCCAUCCCUGAUAUUGCUAACAAGAAGAAUAUUUCUAAGGUAGAUGUGAUUAAAUCAGCUGUUUUGUAUAUCAAGACACUUGAACAAGAAGAGAGAUUUUACUUACAAAUAAUAUUCAACGAGAAACAAAGAAAUAAACAACUUCUAAUGAAACUUACUCAAUACAACCCUACAAACACUAAUUGA